AUCCCCAGAAUUUACAAACUCACAUACCCUCUGCAUAGUCCGUGCAACACGCUCAUCAGCGUCUCUACACAUACGAAUUACCACUCCUCGAUCAAACAUGUCCGUAACACAUUUCUACUAUGAUCCAUUCGUAACCUUCGACCGUCUCUUCGACGACGCGUUCUCUACACGAUUUCAGCCAUCGAGCUCGGACGGGUCCAGAAGGAGUUUGCAAGGCUUUAAGCCAAGAAUGGACCUUCACGAAAACGCAGAAUCCAAUACUGUCACGGCGACCUUCGAGCUCCCAGGUCUGUCUAAAGAGAAUGUUAACAUCGAAACCCACAACGACCUUCUCACCAUCUCCGGCGAGUCUGUUUUAUCUGAGGAGCACAAUGAUGCUGGGUUCGCAGUCCGUGAACGGUCAUUUGGCAAAUUCUCUCGCACUUUGAGGCUUCCUCAGGGUACUAAGCCCGACGAUAUCAAGGCAAAGAUGGAGAACGGUGUUUUGACCGUGACAUUUCCCAAAGUAAACCCCGAGCAAGCUCCCAAGCGGAUUGCACUACUGUAAAAUAAUCCCAGCUUCAGGUUGUAUGGUUUGGUUAAAUUUCAGGUUCAAGUUCAGGGAGUGCCGAGACAUUGUGUGGAGGUAAUGGAAGCAAUUGUAUUUUGAAUUGUAUUGGCCUUGAUAAUAAUACUUGUAAUGAAUCAUAAUGACUGCAAGGACCACCUUGAAAGUAACUCUAAAGG